UCUAAUGACGCCCUUUAUCGACAACGAUGUUCUGGGAUGUAUUUUAAAAAUGACAUUCCGGGUGGUGGAUCUGAUUCGAUAAUUACUGUAAAAUACGAUAAAAAUUCACAUACAAAUGUGGCAGCAAUCGUAUAUGAAUGGCCUGAUAAUGAGAAAUUUGGAUAUCCUAAAGUAUAUAUUUGCGAUCAAAAUGCGAUAGCAGCAAAAUAUUGCCCCCAAUCACAACUUGGGGGUUUUAUUGUCACCACCAACAAAACGUCGAGUAUUGUUACUCAUGUAUUCAAUUCUACGAAAGGUGGACAAAGUUUCACAUAUACUAUCAACCGAACCGGAUAUUACUGUGUUGCAGCACUUCCAUCUCCCAUAAGUGAUCAGCAAUUUAUUGUAACUGUGGGCUGGAAAAACCCAUAUGGAGAAUUGCCUGCUUUGGAUUAUCCUAAAUUGCCGUUUUAUGGAGUUUUGACACUUGUCUAUUUACUUAUUGGAAUCAUAUGGACGGUACUUAGCGUAAUUCAUAGGCACGAUCUCUUAACAGUGCAG